AUGGCCAGCGCUUUUGCCGUGCUUCUAAUUCUGACAUUUGUUUUACAAGCGUCCACAUGUGAUGGUGUUCGACUUCCAAACUACAUUCCUACAUUGCAAGAACACCCCGCUGGACGUGAUGAUCUAAUCGAAAGCUAUUUUCAUCUUGGGCUGGAGUAUACAGAGAUUUUGUUUCUUGUAGUCAGUCAUGACAUCAACUUAAGCCUUAGACAAUUAAAAAGGAUUUUAAAAGCCAAAGGACUCGGACGAAGAAGAAACGCCAGUGAUUUAAGGGAGGUUGUUCAAGCUGUGGAAGAAAAACUUAGAGGAAGCGGUAGUAACGUAGGAUACGGGCAAAUGACUCAACGAUUAGUCAAUGACCCGUGCAUUGUUGUUGCCAAAGAAACCGUUCGGGAGUUGUUAAAGAUCCUUGAUCCUGAAGGCUAUCAUAAAUUGAAACCGUCUGAUUUUUGUAUCCAUGGAGCCAUCGAUGGCUUUAGUAGGCGAAUUUUAUGGCUCCAACGAAACGAAGCCUGGUGGAGUAUACUGGGGAAGGACUGCACCAAAUGGUGGAUAGAUUUUUUCAAAGAUACGAGGAGCUGCGGCCUUCGCCAUGACAAUGACAGUAUUGAGGUAGAAUGUCUCAAGUACUGUUUCAUGCCCAUAUUGCGUGAUGAACUUCAUCGGGCAGCAAGACUGUGGAAUCUCCAUCGAAUUCGGCCUUCAACAAACAUGGAAUCUCCAUCUGGCAGGCCUGAUGUGCUGUUCUUUCUACCGGAAGUGUCGGGUACAAGGAACUGUAUGGUGGAUGUCGACUUGGACGAAUUGGAACUUGUAGAGGGGAGAUGCUGCUAUCGACCUUCGCAAAGUGGUUGCUCAGAUGAAUUUACACAGUUGGCAGAAAUCAUAAUGAGGGAAAAAAGUUUACAAUUUCCUCGCACACCUGAAGAGGCAACAACUUUGUAG